AUGCCUCAAGAGCUGCAAGAUUACCUAGAUGACUCCGAGUUCAAGCUGACUGAUCAACCCGGUACCGAGAACAUUGUUCUCACCAAGCAGUUCGGCAAUGAAACCAUCUGCAUUGAGUGCAGCAUCGCCGACAUGAACGCCCAGCAAGAAGCCGAUCUAGACGACGACGUUUCCCUCGACGAUGAAUCAGAUUUCGGUUCUGAUGUUACCUCCGGUGGAAAGAGAACCAUCAACCAGUCAAAAGGUGGCAAGAUUGAUGUUAUGCCAGAAGAUAGCCUUGCACCAUCCGAUCGCGACGCUGGCGCUGAACAGGAACAAAGCAGCUCUUUCCCACUGAACCUGAGCAUUACUAUUGACAAGGGUGCCAUUGGUGCCACCAACGUUAUUGCUCAGGCGCAAGACGGUCAGAUCGAUAUCGAAUAUGUCCACUACUACCCACGCGCAGAUCUGAUUGAUCCCAAGACCCACGAGGCAAGCAGAGAGGCUCAAGACGUGUAUGGAGGACCGACUUUCCAAUACCUCGACGGCGAGCUACAGCAAAUGUACGACAAUUACAUUGGUGAGCGAGGUAUCAACACACAGUUGGUCUGGUUCUUGACAAGAUAUGUCGACUACAAGGAGCAGCGCGAAUAUGUCCAAUGGCUUGACAACAUGAAGAAGUUCAUUGACGCUUAA